CAGUCGGUCGCAGCCAUGGCGGAGGGAGGAGAGGGAGAGGAGCUGCUCCGCCCGCCGCUGCCCGCCGGCGCCCCGGGCCCCAAGCGCUUGUGCUCCCGGGCCUGCCCGUCGGGGGGCACCGGGGCCGUGCACCCUCGUUCCGGAGCCGCGGGGGCCGGCUCGGCGGGGCCGGGCGCGGGGGCCAGCGGGGCCCCUCCGGCGCUGCCCGGCUGCUGCCCCGCGGCGGCGGCGGGACCGGCGGGGGCCGUGGGCCCGGCGGCGGCGGCGGCGGGUCAGGGGGGCGGCGGCGGGGGCGGCGGGACCGGCAGCCUCCUGCAGCCCGAGUCGCUGCUGGACGCGGCGGCCAAGCGGGUGGCGGGGAGCUGGGCCUUCGAGCGGGUGGAGGGCCGCUUCCAGCGCAUCCCCGAGCCCGUCCAGCGCCGCAUCGUCUACUGGAGCUUCCCCCGCAGCGAGCGGCAGAUCUGCAUGUACUCCAGCUUCCAGCCCGGCCGCGCCGCUACCGCCGCCUCCCCCGCCAGCGCCGCCGCGGGGGGACCCUCGGCCGCCGCCGCCCCCGCCCCGGCCGGCGAGGAGAGCCCCGCCGCCGGGCCCCCGCCGCCCGCCGCCCCCGCCGCGCCGCAGGGCGAGGGGCUGCCCUUCCGCCGCGGCAUCCGCCUGCUGGAGACCGGCGCGGUGGACAACGUGCUGCAAGUCGGGUUCCACCUCAGUGGAACAGUAACGGAGCCAGCGACUGCGACAGAACCAGAGAUGACCUACAAGGUGGCCAUCAGCUUCGACCGCUGCAAAAUCACCUCCGUGACGUGCGGCUGUGGGAACAAGGACAUUUUUUACUGCGCUCACGUCGUGGCGCUUUCACUGUACAGGAUCCGCAAGCCAGACCAGGUCAAACUCCGUCUUCCCAUCUCAGAGACCCUUUUCCAGAUGAACAGGGACCAGCUCCAGAAGUUUGUUCAGUAUUUGAUCACAGCACACCACACUGAGGUGCUGCCCACCGCCCAAAAGUUGGCUGAUGAGAUCCUGUCAUCCAACUCUGAGAUCAACCAAGUGCAUGGCGCUCCUGACCCCACUGCUGGGGCCAGCAUCGAUGACGAGAACUGCUGGCACUUGGAUGAGGAGCAGGUCCGAGAGCAGGUGAAGCUGUUCCUAUCUCAGGGAGGGUACUACGGCUCGGGGAAGCAGCUCAACUCCAUGUUUGCCAAGGUCCGGGAGAUGCUGCGCAUGAGGGACUCCAACGGGGCCAGGAUGCUGACGCUGAUAACAGAGCAGUUCAUGGCUGAUCCUCGGCUCUCCCUCUGGAGGCAGCAGGGGACAGGCAUAACAGAGAAGUGCCGGCAGCUCUGGGAUGAGCUGGGGGCCCUGUGGGUGUGUGUGGUGUUAAACCCGCACUGCAAGCUGGAAGAGAAAUCCUGCUGGCUCCGGCAGCUGCGCAAGUGGGGUGAGAUGGACGUCUGUCCCCUGGAAGAUGGCAAUUAUGGUAACGAGCUUCCCAACAUCACUAACGCGCUUACGCAGAGCUCCGGUCACAGCCAAGACUCCCUGGCCAGGCCCAGACGAACGGUGUUCACGCGGGCGAUCGAGGGCUGUGACCUGCACUGGCAGGACAGCCACCUGCAGCGCAUCAUCAGCAGCGACUUCUACGUGUCCCCCUCCUACCAGCGGGAGGGCGAGAGCCUCCUCUUCAACUCCCAGGGGCAGCCACUGUGGCUGGAACACGUCCCCACAGCCUGUGCUCGGGUGGAUGCGCUGCGCUCCCACGGUUAUCCCAGAGAAGCUCUCCGACUAACUGUGGCCAUAAUCAACACCCUGCGACUGCAGCAGCAAAGGCAGCUGGAAAUAUAUAAGCAUCAGAAGAAAGAACUGCUGCAGAGAGGAGCAACAACCAUCACCAACCUGGAGGGCUGGGUAGGCCACCCUCUGAACCCCAUCGGCUGCCUCUUUCUCACCCUGACUGAAGCUUGUAGAUUAGAAGAGGAAAAUUGCCUUGAAAUUUCAGACGCUGGGGACUCCAAACCACCAGUGUAUCAACAUGUGCCCGUUGUGACGGGCAGCCAAGACGGUGACGAGUCCUACCUGUCCCUGGCCUUAGAGGUGGCCCUGAUGGGGAUGGGUCAGCAGAGGGUCAUGCCCGAAGGUCUCUAUGCCCAGGACAAGGUGUGCCGCAAUGAGGAGCAGAUCAUUGCCCGCCUGCAGGACCUGGAGCUAGACCCAGUGCUGGUGCAGACCCUGCGGAAGCAGUGCAUCUUGCUGCUGGAAGGUGGUCCCUUCAGCGGCUUGGGAGAAGUCAUCCACCGGGAGAGCGUCCCCAUGCACACCUUUGCCAAAUACCUGUUCUCUUCCCUGCUGCCCCAUGAUGCUGACCUGGCAUACAAGCUGGCUUUGCGGGCCAUGAGGUUGCCCGUCCUGGAGACCACGGCACCAUCCGGCGACGUGACUCACCCUCACCACCUGGUCUCGGUGGUGCCCAGCAGGUACCCGCGCUGGUUCACCCUGGGGCACCUGGAGUCACAGCAGUGUGAGCUCGCCUCCACCAUGCUCACGGCAGCCAAAGGGGACAUGCUGCGCCUACGCACGGUGCUGGAGGCCAUCCAGAAAAACAUCCACUCCUCCUCCUUGAUCUUCAAACUGGCUCAGGAUGCAUUUAAGAUUGCUACGCCAGCCGACAGCAACUCUGACACGACACUGCUCAAUGUGGCACUGGAACUGGGGCUCCAGGUGAUGCGCAUGACGCUGUCCACACUCAACUGGCGGCGGCGGGAGAUGGUGAGGUGGCUGGUGACGUGCGCUACUGAAGUGGGAGUGAGGGCCCUGGUGAGCAUCCUGCAGAGCUGGUACUCGCUGUUCACUCCCACGGAAGCCACCAGCAUUGUGGCAGCCACAGUGAUGUCCCACAACACCAUCCUGCGCCUGAGCCUGGACUACCCACAGCGGGAAGAGCUGGCCAGCUGUGCCCGCACCCUGGCCCUGCAGUGUGCCAUGAAGGACCCCCAGAACUGCGCCCUGUCUGCCCUGACCCUCUGCGAGAAGGACCACAUCGCCUUCGAGACCGCCUACCAGAUCGUCAUUGACGCCGCCUCCACCGGCAUGACCUACACCCAGCUCUUCACCAUCGCCCGCUACAUGGAACACCGGGGCUACCCACUCCGAGCCUUCAAACUGGCCUCGUUGGCCAUGACACAUCUCAACCUGGCCUACAACCAGGACACGCACCCAGCCAUCAAUGAUGUGCUCUGGGCCUGCGCCUUGAGCCACUCUCUGGGCAAAAACGAGCUGGCAGCCAUCAUCCCACUGGUGGUGAAGAGCGUGCACUGUGCCACGGUGCUCUCGGACAUCCUUCGCCGCUGCACCAUGACAGCGCCAGGGCUGGCCGGCAUCCCUGGGCGCAGGAACUCGGGGAAGCUGAUGUCCACUGACAAAGCCCCCCUGCGGCAGCUGCUGGACGCGACGAUAAGCGCCUACAUCAACACCACUCACUCCCGGCUCACCCACAUCAGCCCACGGCACUAUGGGGAGUUCAUCGAGUUCCUCAGCAAGGCCAGGGAGACCUUCCUCCUGGCACAGGACGGGCACAUACAGUUUGCCCAAUUCAUUGACAAUCUUAAACAAAUCUACAAGGGCAAGAAAAAACUGAUGCUGCUGGUGCGAGAACGGUUUGGGUGAGCCCCGGCUCCUGCCAUGCUCACUGGCAGGGUCUGGCCACAGCACGGGGACUCGGGAGAGAAGAAGGAAGGAAAGUGGAGAUCAGCUUCCCCCCACCGGCAGAGGCUGCUCUGUUCUGGUCUUCUGUUUCUUUUUUUUUGUUUGUUUUCUUUUUUUUUUUUUUUUUCCCUUCUUUUAGUGUUACUCUUUCUUGGAUUUAACCAUUUCACACACUGAGAGGAUCCAGAGAUUCCUUGGGCACAAACCAAAAGGCAACCACGGGGAAAAAGGAUGGUUUACUCAGCCCCCUGCCCUCCCUUGCCAAUACCAAAAGCUAACCUGGAAAUCUAAUACCUCUUUCCUGAAGGACGUGGUCGCUGGAGGGAUACGAAGGUUGCAAAGUGAAAAAUCUUUAAAAUGAUGUGGGGAAUUUAAUGAAACAAAAAAAAAACAAAAAAAAAAAAAAAGGAAAAAUAA